GUGAGACGCGACAUGAAAACGCAUUAAAACUUCCCUUAAACGGCGUCUGAUACAUUUGAAGAGCGACAGGGGAAACAACAAAGUCCAAUAAUAAUACAAACAUUCACAAAUAAUGUGGAAAGCGUUUAAAUCUCCUCCGUAGAAAAUUCCCUGUGACGAAUCUAGUGCUGAGCAACAUCUGCUGGAAAGUCAGCGGAUCCCAAACCAGAAUUGAGCAUUACUGCCAUCUGCUGUUUGAAUGGACCAGAUCAUUCUCUCUUUUUCUCCUGAUCAAACUCUGUUUUGAGUUCUUAGGCAACAGCCUACAAUACAAAAUAUGCAGUAGGAAGUGAAGGUGUAGGCUAGUUUACAUAAAUAAAUAAAAUGAAAAUAAGAAAACACAUGGUAAAAAUAAAGUAAUCAAUCACAGUACUCUACCAACUUGAUGCAACGAUCUUUAAGUAUUAAUAAUCAGAGAAGAGUUAUCUUUGGAAUGAUAAUAAAUGACUUUCAAUGAUAAGAACACGCAACAAACUCGAAUUACUUAAGAUCAUUUUAAAUGUCUGGAGUGGUUUGACACAUCAGACAGUUAAUCUCGCUCAUGAUAGGAAUAAUGUAUAGGCUAUAUAUAAAAGUAAAUAAAAUAAAAAAGUAACAUCUAUCGAUACAUAUCAAUACAAGCUUCCGUUUAUAAUUAAGAAAGCGUCAUGCAUCCACACUCAUUUUAAGUAUUGUUUCAUUCAUUUUCCUUAGUUAUGGGGACUUUUAUUUUGUAGUUUGUGUGGUAGCAGGUUGUGAUAAAAUCAAAGGCGAAAUUUGCGAUGAAAUUAAGGCUAAAUGAACACACGUAUAUUAUAAUUCUGAAAGAUUGUUUGGAAAUUCACACAAACAUAAAAACAUGAUAUCACAGCUUAGAAAACACACAACAGUUUAGACCAAUGAGGAUUAAGCUGUGACGUCAUCAAGUGGUUUCUCAAAGUAGAAGUUGAUUCACUCCUCCAGACCUCCACUUCACAACAGACCUGCAGCACUAGCUGUCCCUUCAGCUCUUCUGUCGCUGUAUUACCAGAUCUUCAACUUUAUUAUGACACCAAAUUUUUGUUGUGUUUUAAAUGUAGCUGUAAUUUGAAACCAUUCAACAAAAUGACAAAAAAUAUAAAUGACAUGGACAUGUUUAUAUUCAUCUGUUUGUGCUUAUGGAGUCUGAAUGGUGUGUUUGUUGCUGAUGCAGUGAAGUCAGAGUCAGUGACUGAGGGAGAAUCAGUCUCUCUGAACUCUAGUUUCACUCAAAUACACAGAGAUGAAGAGAUCAACUGGAAGUUUGGUGACAUUCUCAUAGCUAAAGUGAAGAAAAACAAAGAGAGCAAGUUUUUUGGUGAAAAUGCUGAAGGGAGAUUCAGAGUCAGACUGAAACUGGAUCAUCAGACUGGAUCUCUGACCAUCAUCAGCAGCAGAACCACAGACUCUGGACUUUAUACAGUCUCCAGCAGUGAAAGAGACACGAUCAACGUGAUCAAUCUCACUGUCUAUGCUCGUCUGCCUGUUCCUGUCAUCAGCAGCAACUCUUCACUAAACUCUUCAUCAUCAUCAUCAUGUUCAUUGGUGUGUUCAGCUGUGAAUGUGAGUCAUGUGACUCUCUCCUGGUUCAAAGGAAACAGUUCAUUCUCCAGCAUCAGAGUGUCUGAUCUCAGCAGCCGGUCUGAUCUUCUUCUCCAUCUGGAGUGUGUGGAUGAUUCCUACAGCUGUGUGCUGAACAAUCCCAUCAGAAACCAGACUCAACACCUCAACAACACUCAGCUCUGUCACACAUGUGCUGCAGAAGAGAGUGUCCACUGUUGUGGCUUUACUGAAGCUGUGAUCCGAUUGGCUCUCUCUGCUCUGGUGGGCGUGGCUACUGUGGCUGUUCUGGUUUAUGACAUCAGAUCCAGAAGUCUUGAACAGAAGAAGAACGUCCAGAAAUAUCCAUCAAACUCUGAUUAAUCAGAUAUCAGGAAGGUAGAGAUGUUCUUGAACAACUGUAGAUGUGAUAUUACAAGAAAUAUCAUUUUAAAAAUCAUCAUUUUUUUCAGCAUCUAAACUCUCAUUUUUAGUUUACUCUUUUCACAUCAGUUGUGUUUGUUUGUCUUUUAACAAUAUAAAUAAUUCUAAAGCAGAUUUUCAAGUUUUGCCUUAAAAUAUUACUGUGACAAAUCAAUAAAUAUAUAUAUAUAUAUAUAUAUAUAUAUAUAUAUAUAUAUAUAUAUAUAUAUAUA